AUGCCUGACUCGUCUUCACCUCAGCUGCCCCUGUCGACGCGACCAUCUCGGCCGUCCAACGGUGCAACACCUGGCGGCCUCGCCACAACGCAGCUGCUUUCCCCCUUCAAGCACCCAAUCCCACGUGUGAAGCUCCUCGUCCGCCGGCCGCCUCCCACCUACACUCAUCCAGGCCAAAAGCCCCCUGCGCCGCAGUACAACGGCUCGCUCGACGCGCUCCUCUCGUCCUUCACCUAUCGCGACGGCGCCGAAGUGUCCUCGUCGGAGCUCGCUGCCUCCCUUUCCGACGAGCUCGCCCUGUGGCGGAAGAUCGAUUCCCUGAGGAAGCAGGGCCGUCUGCCGGAGCGGUCGGCGUACGAGUUCCGUGACAUCCAGCCGCAGGACGCGUGGGCGGCGAUCGUGAGGGAGGUGGAGCGUCCGGGGACGAGGUUUGUGGAUGGGAGGGAGAUGGCGGGGAACGUGGCAGGGAAGGUGAGGAAGUACUGGGAGAUGGAGAACAGGGCGGAGGAGGCGAGAGUGAAGGGCUUGGCGAGGGCAGCGAUGAGGAUGGUGGUUGGGCAGUGGAAGAAAGCAGUUUACCACGUACGGGAACAAGCGCGUCUGGAGUGGGAGGAGGAAGAGCGGAGGAGGGGCCAGGAGCACCUGGACGCCAUCCUUGACCAGUCCGGUCAGAUACUCGAAGUCCAGCUGCACGACCUUGCGCGCGACUCGCGCAGUCGGUCUCAUAGCGUCUCUACUCACGGACGUGACAGGACACCAGUUGAUUCGGACGAUGAGGGAACGGGUGACUCGGACGACGAACAGUCCGGAACGAGGCGGGGCGACGAUGUCAGCGAGGAGUCCGACUCGACUGCGGAUGACGAGGGUAUCUCUAUGCUUGUGCCCGAUCUUGAGUUCGAAGGCGCAUCCCCAGCUGGAAGGUCUCCCCGCAGCUUUAGUUUGGAGGUGGAGUCAACGCCUUCAGAUGGCACUCGUGAUUUCUUCGGAGAUGGUCGUGUCGUCGGGUCCCCCGAACGCGUAUUCGCGGAUGCUAUGGCCAGUGGCGAACUCUUCGAUCGAGAUGAAACUGGGCGCGACGCCCUUCGAACACCGCUUCUGACGUCCACGGCGAUGGCGAUGGAGGUCGAUGAGGCUACCCUCCAAAGUACCCCCACCGGAGUAUCUACCCAGCAGCAGCAGAAGAAUGGUCGCCACUCACUGAAACAAUCGUCCGAUCACAGCGACAGAGUAGAAUCUGAGGCGACAGUCGCAACAUUACCUCAGGUAAACGGCAAGUCAGUGCCUUGGUUGCCACAGUACAAGAAGACUCCUUUGCUUGAGGAAUUGGCGUCUACCCCGACACCGCUGGUCGUCUCCGAAGCUCCGGUUGCAGAGGUCCAGCCUGCGACAUUCCGGGGGAAUGACAAGUCCGGCGCAGGGACUCCAGUGGAGCUUCCAGGCGACCCUACACCCGCAAUCGACGACGACGUGCAGGAUGACGAGGUUGAAGAGGACUCCUCUAUCCCGUACUACCUGCGCCCGUAUGCAGUCGCGCCCGUCGAACGGGAUCCUCAGGCUAAGGUCAAGGCUCCGCUGUUACUCCGAGGGACGUUGCGUCCAUAUCAGCAAUCUGGGUUGGAAUGGCUCGCGAGCUUACAUGCGCGGAACCUCAAUGGAAUCCUAGCAGACGAGAUGGGUCUUGGCAAGACCAUCCAAACAAUAGCGCUGCUUGCUCACCUUGCCUGCGAUCGUGGUAUCUGGGGUCCCCACCUGAUCAUCGUGCCCACGAGCGUGCUAUUGAACUGGGAGAUGGAGUUCAAGAAGUUCCUGCCCGGCUUCAAAGUCCUCAGCUACCACGGUAACACGAAGCAGCGCAAGGAGCUCCGCCAGGGUUGGAACAACAAGUACCACUUCAACGUCUGCAUCACGUCAUACACCCUCGCGUCGCGUGACUCGCAUGUCUUCAAACGGAAGCGGUGGUACUACAUGAUUCUUGACGAGGCGCAUAUGAUCAAGAAUUUCAAGUCGCAGCGGUGGAACAUCUUGCUCAUGUUCCGCUCUUUUCGAAGACUGCUGCUCACUGGCACCCCACUCCAGAACAAUUUGACGGAGUUGUGGGCGUUGCUGCAGUUCUUGAUGUCUGGAACGGACUUCGCGAACUUGAGGGAGUUCGGCGAAUGGUUUGCGAAUCCCCUCGAGCGCGCUAUCGAGCUCGGUGCUAUCGAUGACGAAACGCAGCAGCGCGUUUCAAAGCUUCACCAAGUCCUGCGGCCUUACCUUCUCCGUCGCCUUAAGCGGGACGUCGAGAAGGAGCUGCCGCAGAAGUACGAGCAUAUCGUGAUGUGCCCUCUGUCAAAGCGUCAACGUUUCCUAUACGACGAGUUCAUGUCCCGCGCGGAGACGCGUCACGAUCUGCAGUCCGGUGUAUACCAAAAGAUCGCCAACAUCCUGAUGCAGUUGAGGAAAGUCGUCAACCACCCCGACUUGUUCGAGACUCGGCCGAUCGUCACCUCAUUCGCCAUGCAGCGCUCUGUUGUCGCGGAUUAUGAGGUCAAGGAGCUCCUUGUGCGUCGGCGUUUGUUAGCCGAACACGACGAAGGCAAGGUCAACCUGGACUUCCUCGGCUUCAAAUUUGUCGACAACUUGGGCCAAUCGGAGGUUGCCGCUCAAGAGACGCUACGACUCGAUGGCACUGCGUACUUGCCCAUGAUCAAUGAGGUGCCCGGUGAACCUCCUCCCGCAGACACCCGUACCAUCGCUGGCUUCAAGAAGUAUAGAGAGUAUCAGCGACGGGCGGCGACCAUCGCUCGAUGGACACAGAUCGGCUACAUCAACCGCCACCGUUGUAAUUGUCUCCGAGUCCCCGUAUACAGCUCUGAGACACUUGCGUUGGUGCAGCGGUUUCACGAGCCUCUUGCUCCUUCCGGCGUCAACAUGCGACCCGCCAAGUACUUGUUGACCCCGGAGAAGGUGCGAUCGGCCAUCAAGUCUUACGCUUCUCGAGCGGAGGAUAUGACCCCUGUGAUUGAGCAUUUCGCCUUCGCGACUCCGAGCGUCGUCGCUCGAGACCUUCCCUUGAUCGCCCUAUCUAGCGUUCCUCCUGCGCUAUCGGACGGACCACUCGUCGAUCCCGAGUUCGAUGCUCCUUUGCAUCGAGCUAGCGUCAAACUCCAGAUCGCUUUUCCCGAACUCUCUUUACUUCAGUACGACUGUGGCAAGCUACAAGUGCUCGCGAAGCUCUUGCGGGAGCGUAAAGCCGGAGGUCACCGCGUGCUUAUCUUCACCCAGAUGACGCGCAUCCUGGAUAUCCUCGAGAUCUUCCUGAACUUCCAUGGGUAUCUCUACUCGCGGUUAGAUGGCGCUACGAAAAUCGAGGACCGCCAGUACAUCACGGAGCGCUUCAACUCGGAUUCUCGUGUAUUUUGCUUCAUCUCGUCUUCGCGGUCCGGAGGAGUCGGAAUCAACUUGACGGGCGCGGACACUGUCAUCUUCUACGACAGCGACUUCAAUCCGCAGAUGGACCGUCAAUGCGAGGAUAGAGCGCACCGUAUCGGCCAGAUCCGUGACGUUCACAUCUAUCGUUUCAUCUCCCAGCACACCGUCGAGGAGGCCCUCCUUCGCAAGGCGAACCAGAAGCGUUCCCUCGACGAUAUUGUCAUCCAGAAGGGCGAGUUCGAUUGGCGUACGCUCUUCGCCGAGGGUGAUAUCAGCGAAGGCGCGCUCACACGCGCGUUGGGCGAGUUCGAAGACGCAGAGGACGCGCAGGCGGCGCGGGUAGCGGCCCAGGAGGAGAUGGAGCUUGAGGACGAGGACGCGCAGGACUUCGGGAAUGAGCCGGCGGCAGCGGUCAGAAUCGCGCAGUCGGAGCAGGUUGACGUUGUCGAAACUCCGGUGGAGGUAUCGGUACGCGCUCUUGAGGACAUAGAAGACGGUGGAGCCCAUCAUGCAGGAGAAGAGGGAGAAGGAGAGGAGGAAGACGGGCGCACGAUCGACGACUAUAUGAUCGAUUUCGUGAAGAGCGACCCUGAGUUUUUCAAUGCUACAGAUUGGAGUGUGUAG